AUGAACAAUCUCAAGUGGAUACUCGCCGUAGCCCGGAACGACUAUGAAGAUCGGUUGACGGAGUGCUCGUCGGUGGAGGAAUAUGGGAAUGAGCUCAUGACGACCAGCCACAAGUUGACGGAAGUUGGUUUUGCGGUCGAUGACACUUGGCUGGCGUGUCUGCUGUUGAUGGGCUUGCCAGAGUCAUACGAGCCGAUGAUUAUGGGCUUGGAAGCAUCGGGAACGCGUAUUACAGCGGAUGCAGUGAAAGCAAAAAUCCUCCAGGACGUGAAAAUCGGCGGCAUUUCGGCGGGAGGCAGCAAGGAAGAGGAUUUCUACAGCAAGAAAAAGGCGGCUGGUAGCAAGAAGAAGACUGACAAAUCGAAGAUCCAGUGCUACAGGUGCAAGCAAUUUGGUCACUUUGCUUCGGAGUGUCAGCAGAAAGGACCGAAGAACAAGAAGGAGAAAUCCGGAGCUACAUCGCACAUGUACAGUAGUAAGGCGUUUUUGCUGAACGUGCAGGAAACGUCACAGCGCGUGAGUGUAGCCAACGACGCUGAACUGUCCGUAGUUGCUACCGGGAGUGUGGAGCUAGAGGCAGACAUUGGAAAAGAGUCCUGUGACUUGACGAUGUCCGAUGUAUUGUGCGUUCCGGAUAUAGCGAUCAACCUUCUUUCGGUCAGCAGGAUGUGCAGUAAGGGCUACAGCGUUCAGUUCACGAAGGAAACGUGUGAGGUGCGGCGACCGUUCAACAACGAGGGCACUCGUGAGACCGAGGUGCUGCAGCUGGUCCACUCGGACCUGUGCGGUCCGAUGGAGGAGGAAUCAAUCGGCGGAAGUAAAUAUUUCCUGUCCUUCAUCGACGAUGCGAGUCGCAAGUUGGUCGUGUAUUUUCUCCAGUCGAAAACAGAGGUACUCGAAUGCUUCAAAGAGUACAAAGCAUUGAUGGAGAAUCAGACCGGAAAAAGGAUCAAAGGACUUCGAACCGAUAAUGGCACCGAAUAUGUGAACACCGGCAUGAAACGGUUCCUGCGCAGCUGCGGUAUUCGUCACGAAAUGACAGUACCGUAUAAUCUGGAACAGAAUGGACUAGCGAAGCGCAUGAACAGGACCGUUGUGGAGAAAGCUCGUUGUUUGUUGCUGGAUGCAGACCUGGAUAAGAGCUUCUGGGCGGAAGCUACGGCGAUGGCGACUUUCCUUGUUAAUCGAUCACCGACUAAAAGUGUUCCGGUGACACCGGAGGAGCGUUUCACUGGAAAGCGACCAGACUUAUCGGAACUGAGGGUUUUUGGUGCAAAGGUGAUGUGCUACAUUCCCAAGCAACGCAAGCGUAAGUGGGAUGCCAAGUCCAAACCGGGAAUCUUUGUUGGCUUGUCGAGUGUACCUGCCAAAGACGAAAACGGUGAAAGUCGUUCGUGA